UUUUUCGCGUUUUUAGGAAUACUAAUGGAUCUAUAACCGAAAUAUUUGUUCAAUCGCAAAAUGAGCGACGAAGAACUUCGCGUAUCCGACGAAAAGUUACAGAAUGGUGGCACUUUGUCUCCAACUCUGGUUGACCCAUUGUCUCCGGAAUCGGAUACGGCGUCGAUGCGAACAUGCGCCUCGAGCUUCGAGACUUUGACACCGAAUAAGGGUGAUGUGUCCGGUUCAAGUACUGGGGAAAUGAUGACGGCUGCCAGUAAAACUCUGCAAGAUGCAAGCUCUGUCAGCUCGCGACUAAAAACUGCUUCUGCAGGUGAAACACCUCACGCUGACGGAUCCAGCAGCCAGGAAUACAAGCCUGAGCAAAUGGAAUUCUUCGAUAGCCCAAGAAUGCUGAAAUUGGCGGCUCAAGAAGGAAGAGUGCCUUUUAUUGUGCGUACUUCAUCCAGCGGAUCCUCUUUGCAUUCCGACGAAGAAGUCGACAAAGAGGCAAACGGAAACCACGUGAUAAACGGCGUCGAAAACGGCUCCGACGACGAGGACACGUUUACCUACAAAGCGGAUGUGACGCCCGGGUUAAACGAUGUCCGUGUCACCAAGCAAGUUACCUCAGAACGUCCAUCGUCAUUGUCCGUCAACCAUGUGUCUACGAAAAAUAAGCGGAAGAAAAUCAGCGUCGCCGAGGAUAUUCUCAACACGGCCGAUGAUGUUUCCUCAAUUCUAGAUCAGACGGAAGAGAUGUUCACGGCGCCGUUAGGUGAUGAGGAUGCCACAGAAAACUUGGGUAUUCCCGAUGAUCUUGAAACCCCUGAUGAAAUAGACGACUCCAUCAUGGAGAAAUUGAGUGAACUGGAGUUUGAUGAAGAUAGAACCCCAACCCCGGAGGAUUUGAGACUUGAGCUGGGAUUCGAUGUGGACGAAGUAUUGGAACAAAACGAGCGAAAUGCCCCAGAACCGAUUCCCACGCUUACUGCCAUCGAAGAGCACGAAGAAGCCCGGAAUUGGCGCCAGGUCGUAAUCUCGGGCAUCGAACGUCGCAUCGACAUGAAAGCGAUCGAGCCGUAUAAAAAAGUGAUAUCCCACGGUGGCUACAUGGAAGAAUCUUCUCAAGCAAUCAUCGUGUUCACCGCUUGCUACUUGCCAGAUCACAGUCGAAGAGAUUACGAGUACGUUAUGGAUAAUCUCUUUUUAUACUGCUUGACCACAUUGGAUGCCCUGAUUGCGGAGGAUUACGUGUUGGUCUACCUGCAUGGAGCCACGCACCGAAGUCGCAUUCCAUCUUUCAAGUGGAUUCGUCGUUGUUACCAAAUGAUCGACCGCAGACUGAGGAAAAAUCUCAAAGGACUCUUCGUCGUGCAUCCUACCUUUCUUGUGAAAACUUUGGUUACUUUGACGCGUCCUUUUAUUAGUACAAAAUUCUCGAGAAAAUUGCGUUUCGUGGGAAGCCUAGAUGAGCUGUCCAAACUUGUUCCGAUGGGACAAGUCGUGAUUCCUGAGAAAGUUCGCACGUAUGAUGAAGAAUACUAUGCCCCAGAUCGGCACUUGAGGAAUCGACUGGUGAAUGAUGGCGAAACAAUGAUCAAACCCGGGAUUCGGUUGAACAACUCCAACGUGUUUGGUUUUGACGGCGAUGAAACGACUGGGACCAGUGAUUGCUGAAGACUUGCGGUUAUUCAUCACCAGUUCCAGAACAAGAGCGAGAAAUUAUGUGCGAGGAUUUAAGAGAGAAAGAGAGAAAAGGUGCGAUCAGCUUGAUGAGUUCGGAUGAUCGAUUGAAGGUGCGGGUUUACGUUUUAGCGAAGUGAGAAAAAUAGGGAAAAUUAAAUUUUUUCUGCGCGCAGCCGACGUGCCCUUGCAUUUCAUCUAGAAACGGCACAUCUUUCGGAGAAUUAUUUUGUGGGCAAUAUCCACAUCUUGACUUCGUUUGUCAUAUGAAACAUUUUGAUACCGAUGUGAAGGUACGUUUAGCUUACCAAUGAAGAAUUAUAUCAGGGAUAACGGUAGUGUUGAAGGAAAGCUGUUACAAUUGUGUGCGAUUUUCUGUAAAAGAAGAGGUCCUGGUUUUUAUUUUCCUUUCCGUGCCCACUUUCUGAUGUGAUUGCUGCGCUCAUGCACCGUGCACUUUGUCUGAUGUGCAUGGUGAAACAAGGGAAUAUUUCAGCCCAGUUUAAGCAUGAAAUCGAUCUGGGGGUUUGAUUUUGUGCGAUGUUCAGUAUCCGGAAUCCCUGGCCAAAGACGAAUUAGGUUUAAUUGAAACGGAAUAUCCCACCCGAAUCGGAAGGCUUGGUUAGUUUUUUGUGCGACAUGCGUAGGAAACUUGUACGUUCCCUUCUCAGCCGUGAUCAGAGCAUAAAAUGCUUUGGAGAAAUAGAGAAACUCGAAAGGAUGUCAGAUGAGCAGAAAUAUUUGGAUUGAAUAAUAGAAUCUUUCGAGUAUUGGAGGAGAAAUUACCAAGGGUAGCUCUUUUAUAUACAGUAAUGCGAUGAGAGAACGAACGAACGGAAGCAUUCCGCGUUUGCAUCCAAGGAAGAAAAACGCUCAUGCCUCUUUUGCGUGCUGUGUGCUCGGCUCCUGUGCUGCUUCGGAACUAAUCAGCAAUACUGUAAUAGAGAAAGUAUGCUUACCGAAGCGAUGCUACUGAUUCGAUUCUACUUUGCGGGAAUUUUCCUGUUGAAGGAGCGGAACUCCUGAUCUCCGGCUGGGAGACGAUUCGUGAACGUUUCUCGGCUCCACUCGCUUACUUUUUCUACGUGGAUUUGAAAAAAUGUGUAUGGCGAGAAUGGUUCGAAUAACUGUGCAUACCGAGUGAGAACUUGAAAAAAAAUAAAUAAAUAAUAUUCUCACUUCAUCGCCCGACGUCCUAAUCUUUGGGAAUUUCUUCGCCGUAACGUAGGUGUCGCUUGGAAAAUGUUCUGUUCAAAUUAUUCUGACUGACUGAUGAUGAGGAGAAAAUUUUGAUGGAUCAGGUUACAAUGUUUACUCAUGCGCUGUAAUUCGCGACCCUAUCUGAGAAGUAAACUGUGAAACUCCUCGUUGCAACACCCUCACAAAUUAUUCGUGAACCCACUAGAAUUCAUGCAUGUGCAUGACGCGUCCUGCUUUUAUUUUGCAAUACAUUAUCUGAGAUGAAGGUGCGUGUGGUACAGAGUGAACAGUGGGGUUGAAUGCUUGAUUAGAUGAACGGUGCUCAAUCAAUGUUGUCAGAAGCCUGAAAGGUUUCAGUUGUUCGGAAUUCCAAGUUUCCCUUCUGCUGCUCCAAGCAAAUUCUGUGCAAGAAAAUUAUCGUGAGAAUGUUGGGAUGACAAGAAGUAGAAUUCAUUGAUAUUUAUGCAUGAUGUUCACUACCAUACUUACUCAAGUACCACAUGCAUUUUUUUUUCGAAUUCAAGAGUGAGAAAACGGGUGGGGGUGGGCAUUUUAAGUAGGUUUACAUUUUUCAAAAAGUUUAAAAAUUCAGGUAUGCAUUAUACUUGAUUCUAAUAGGGAAUUUUGGACAAGUUUAAUAUAAAAACUUCUUUGAAUGGAAACAACUGGAAAUUAGCUAAUUUCACACUUAAUUCAUGUCUAAAUUCAAAUUUGGUUUUUCUUAUUUUUUCUUUUUAUUUCGAUUAGAGUCCGAAAUGGUGUGCGCAUCUUACUCGGGGAUGCAAUUUUAUUAACAUUUUCCAUUGAAAAACCUGGGUGAUGCGUCUUGGUCAAAGGCACAUGGUAUUGGAGUAAAUAUGGUAUCAUGGGCUCAAGUGGCGCAGACAUUGAGAAAAGUAGAUGCAUUUCUCUGUGGCUCGAGGCAAAGAAUGUUAGAAAUACUUGGCUUCAUGAUUGGCUAAGCAAAAUAAAAUAGUGUCUCAGAAGAAUUUAACGAGCUGAACGAAUGAACUGGAUUAUAUUAUUAGCUUACUGAUUGAGGCGAUACCUGCGUGGUGUUCCAGAAAGCCAGGUCAGGCGAUGAAGUGAAAACGUGUUUUUCUUUUCUUGGCAUUCAUGUCCCUCUCCAUCUUUUCCAAAAAUUCUCACUGUUUUCAAUCUCAGUCUCAACUGUUGGUUUUGAGAGAUUUGAACUUUCUGUAUGGAACACCCACAUCUCUUCUGCUUGGCUAAAUUGCGAUGUACAGUAAAUUUAACUGCUGCGUCCCUCUGAACAUCCUCAAAGAAAUCUGCUCUUAUGUUGUUCAAACCGCGUGAAGCGGAGAAAGAAAGUUACUGAGUUCCGUUUGUCCGUCGGAAAUACGAUUGUGAUUCUUUUCUCGGGUGUUCGUUUCAUCUCGGGCCGUUGUUCAUAUCCGGGGAAAAAGGGAAACUUCGGAAGGAAAUUUACGUUUGUUUUCGUUGCGGUUUCUUUUCCGCGGAAAAGUAAAUCUGCAUUCCGGUAUUAUUUUAUUUUGUCAUGCUAAGGUUGUUGAGUUUCUCAUGGCAGCUCGUGGUAAUAAAACAAAAAGGAAGCAAGAAUAAUAUGAUA